GACCUUAGCAGAGACAGUCUGUGGAUGUGACGCACUUCCUGCUGAGCUCUGCGGCGGUGAGCGGAAGAGAGCACUCAUGGCUGGGGAGGUGUACCUGCUUUGGUUACUGCCGUUAUUACAAACGCUAUCGUCUUAUGGAGCGGAGCUCUCCUCUGAGGCCUGCAGGGAGAUGGGCUUCUCCAGCAAUCUCCUGUGCAGCUCCUGUGAUCUCCUGGGUCAGUUCAGCCUGGGCCAGUUAGACCUUCCCUGCAGGCAGUGCUGCCAAGAGGAGGCUCAGCUGGAUUUAAAGGGUGUUUUUCUUGUAGCGGCAGUUCAGCUGUUGUUUUGUGGCAUAGACUAUCAGAGUGUUAACUUUUGCACUCCUGUUACAAAACAGUCAUUUUUGUGGCUAUAUAUCCCUUCAGCUUUUGUCAGGAGUGACAAGCCAAAGAUGUUCAGGGGUCUUCAGAUCAAGUAUGUGAGAGGCUCAGAUCCUGUACUAAAGCUGCUGGACGAUAACGGGAACAUAGCUGAGGAGCUCAGCAUCCUCAAGUGGAACACAGACAGCGUCGAAGAAUUUCUUAGUGAGAAGUUAGAACAAAUUUAGUCUCACAGUUUCAUAUUUAAAGCCAUAUUUUCACUAUUUGCUUUUUUUGUAUAAAUCUCAAACUGAAUCAAAGGACCACAAUUCAUUUUUGUGCUCAAUAAUGGAAAUUAAAACAUAAAUUGUUCUUUUUUUUUUGGGUCUUUGAAAGUAAAUGCAUCAGUCUCUGGUUUGAGUUUAAGCGAUCGGGACAUUUUUAGUUGAUUUUUCUGCUGCAUAUUGUUGAAUCGUUGACGUGUUGUGGCCUUUUAUUCAUCUUGUGUCUGAGUGAAGCCUGUUGAAUGUGCUGGUUUGGUAAAGCUUGUGGUGACUUCUCAGAAGCACGUUUAUGUGGAUUUGCACGUUAGUGAAGGCCUGACAGUAAACCAGUCCCUGGCAUGUGAGGCCUGAAGACCCUGUGUAACUCUCUGAGCAUGUUGUUAUGGAGGGAACCUUCGAGCUCUACCCCAGUAUGAGAAGGUGGAAUCUCUUCAUUUAAAUGUUUGAUUAAAAUAUUGAAUUUAAACUCAAUUUCAUUGGCACACAGACAAAUAAACCUGUUUUUCAUAUUAA